CUCUGUAUUGCAGCCAUGUCAGAUGUAGAAGAGGAGUACGAGGAGCAGGCAGAGGAGGCUGAAGAGGAGCAGGAGGGCGAGCCUGAACAGGAGGAGGAGGCUGAGCAGCCAGAGGAGGAUGGAGCAGAGCAGCAAGAGUACCAAGAUCAAGAUGCCCAGGAGGAAGAGGAGGAGCGUCCCAAACCCAAACCUCUGGUGCCUCAACUUGCCCCUCCAAAGAUUCCUGAGGGGGAGAGGGUGGAUUUUGAUGACAUCCACAGAAAGCGUAUGGAGAAGGACUUGCUCGAGCUGCACACUCUGAUUGACGUCCACUUCGAGCAGAGGAAGAAGGAUGAGGAAGAACUUAUCAGCCUCAAGGACCGGAUCGAGCGUCGUCGGUCAGAGAGAGCGGAGAUCCAGAGAGUUAGAGCCGAGAAGGAGAAGGACAGACAGAACAGGAUUGCGGAGGAACGUCACAGAAAAGAGGAAGAGGAAGCCAAGAAGAAGGCUGAUGACGACGCCAAGAAGAAGAAAGUGCUGUCUGGCAUGGGCGCGAACUUUGGAGGCUUCCUGGCCAAGGCGGAGUCGAGGAGGGGCAAGCGUCUCACAGGCAAAGAGAUCAAGAAGAAGACCCUGGCGGACAGACGGCAGCCGCUGGCCAUUGACAAUUUAAGGGAGGAUGCGCUGAAGCAACGGGCCCAGGAGAUGUGGAACUGGAUCUACCAGCUGGAGUCUGAAAAGUUUGACUUCAUUGAGCACAUGAAGCACCAGAAAUAUGAGAUCAUCGUGCUGCUGAACAGAAUCCAACACGCUCAGAAAUUUAAAAAGGGCCAUGGCAAAGGGAAGGUGGGCGGUCGCUGGAAGUAAAGGGGGGGUAGAGGAGAAAGAAAAAUCAACACACAUAAGAAAAAAAAGAGUUAUUAUAGGAAUGGAGGAGCACUCCUCCUCUCCUUGGUCUUCUGGUACCAGAUUCACUAUGUAGGCCUUUUGCUGUGUGUGUGACAGAUGCUGAAUGUUUCUUGAUGAGAUGUACUGAUAAUUAAAACGACAUGCACUCA